UUAUUACAGGUAGCAGGUGGUGACCACUGCGAGGUUGUUGACACAUAUUGGCAGACUGAAACUGGUGGACAUGUGAUAGCCCCCUUACCAGGUACCACACCAACCAAACCCGGAAGUGCCACUCUGCCGUUCUUCGGCAUCAGACCGGCUCUGGUGGAUGAGAAUGGCAUCGAAAUUUACGGUCCUGGAGAGGGAAAGCUCUGUAUCAAACGGGCGUGGCCAGGGAUUUGUCGAGAUAUUUAUAACGAUCGUAAUCGUUACCUUGAGACGUACUUCAAACAGUACCCAGGUUUCUUCUUCACUGGUGACGGGGCACGACGAGAUGAAGACGGUUACUUGUGGAUUACGGGUCGCGUUGAUGAUUUGAUGAACGUUUCUGGACAUUUGCUAUCAACGGCUGAAAUUGAAUCCGUGCUGGCCUCUGAUAAGAAUGUCGUUGAGGCUGCCGUGGUGGCAGCAUCACACGAUAUCAAAGGAAGUCAUCCAUACGCUUUUGUCACUCUCAAAAAGGGAUGUCACUUAGACAAAGAACGAGUGAGAGGAUUAAAGCAGCUCGUUAGACAAACCAUCGGUCCUAUCGCAGUACCAGAUGCCAUUCAAGAAGCACCCUCUUUACCAAAAACAAGAUCCGGAAAAGUAACUCGUCGAAUUUUGCGAUUAGUGGCCGAAGGGGACCCUUCGGCAGAUUUGGGUGAUACAUCGACGUUAAUAAACGCUUGGGUGAUCGGUAAGUUAUGGCAGGGACGCUUGUCGACAAGAACACGUAUACAACCAUCGUUCAAAUAA